GGUUUUCACUAGUAAUCAAAAUCAAACAAACCAAACCAAAAACUUUCGAUCCAACUGAAUAAGCCAACUGAUAACUUCAGUUUCAGUUUCAGCUUAUAGGUUGAGAACAAGAGGUUUUACCUUUCCAUUCCACCUUUACAAAUCCCAGUGAUCUUUCUUGGCGUUGAUGAUCUCUGAUCUUACCAAAACCCAGAGAUCUAAUUACAUCAGUUGAUGGCUAGGGUUAAGAACUGGUAUAAUAAUCAAUCAAAAUCAGCUUCUUUAAUUUGGUUCAUCUCCUUACUAAUCUUCUACGCUAUCUUCCGUAUGGCUUCUAAACACUCUCCUCUUUCUUUUAAAGAUGUUUCGGUUUCGAAUGGAGAGAGGUUGAAAUUGUAUGAGAAAAUGAGCAGGGAUUUGGAUGAGCAUGGUGCACUCUUUCUUAAGCACGGAGAGACUUCACAGUCGUUGUUACUUUCUGAUCUAUUUGAUAUGAAAAAUGGAUCGGUGACUCCUGCUUUGAAGGCUGCUAUUCCUCCUGUUCGAGCUAAUGUCCUGCAUUUGAGCACUGAGUACUCCCUUCCUAUCUCGAAAGCAGUGAAGGAUGUAUUUUCACCGACUCUUAGUGAAGUAAUUUGGUUUCAGAAUUCCGAGCGAUACCAUUUUAGUAUGUUUCACGCUUCACACCACAUUUCACCCGUUCCUGCUUCAGAAGAGGAAGUCGAGGCGGAAGUGGAUGCUGUAAAAUCAGUCGUAAAUCAACUCUGCCCGGUGACAAUUUUGUUAGAUCGGGUCGUUUUGACUUCAACUGGUGUGCUUUUGGGUUGCUGGCAGGUGAUAUCUGGGACGGAUCCUGUGACUAUCCGUUCUAAAUUAAGAAACGCUCUUCCCCGUGCACCAGAAAAGCAACUUUAUGCUCCUGCCAUACUUCAUACAUCACUUGCAAGGAUUCUUGGUCACCCUAAAAAUUCAUCCGAGGAAACGAAUGUCGAUUCAGAACUGCAACACUUUCAUGAAUUAGUAGCUCGUUUGAACAGUCGCAUCGUUGGAACUAAGGCAACAGUCUCUGAGCUAUGGUAUGUGGAAGAGUAUGACGUCUUGGCUUUGGCUUUAGAUGGAAAAAUGAAAAUACGUCGGUUCCAAUUUGGAUGUUCGAAAGCAUGAGCGUUGAAUAGAUUUAUUUUAUUUUUGAAACAGUUUUUUUAUUAUAAUUUUAUAAGCCUAGUUGUAGUUAAUCACGUAUCAUGUCGCGUUUGUAUAUUUCCGGGUGGUAUUAACUUGUUUGUGCUGGUAUGUAAGCCGGACUGUUGUUUGUGACAGUUUUGCUAAAAAAAUAUUAUGACAUUGGUAAUACAAUACAUAAAAUA